CGUCGUCUGCUCCAGCGGUUGCUCGCGCAGUGGUCCCGUAGCAGUCGCCGUGCAGGCCGUGCGCCCCGUCCCGGCGUGGAUCUUGGGAUUUCUUUUGUCGUCGCAGCUGCGUUGUUGCGUAGCGUACGACCGGCGUUGCGUUGCCGUGUGUGUAUGUGCUCCUCCUACCCCUGCGGUGCCGCUCUUCGUUGUGGUGCGGGUGAUUGUUGCCGCGUCGUCGACAUGCGUCUCACCGGCGCGCGAGGCAGAUAGGCGCACUCCACUGCCCCCGCGACCGCAUGAUGCCACUACGUGUCAGCGGCCUUCUGCGAUCUUCCCCCAAGUGCCUCGCGCUUCGACGCUGGCGGUCGGCGCGUCGUGUCCUAACCGUGACUGCUGCUACCUGGACCGCGGCUACGUAGACAGCGCUGCGGCCCAGCAUGUAGGCGUCAAGACGCAGCGGAUUUUUCGUCGCCUCAUGUGCGCGGUGGCCCGAGCCAAGUACCGCGGGAUGUUCAUGCUCAACUUUGUCUGGAAAGCCCGCCGGAAAGACAAGGAUGCAUCUUCGAGUGGCGGCGGCGGCCAAGAGGAGCCCAAGAUGUACCUGGAGUCGACGGUGCUCGAGUGCACCAUCCCCGAGUCGCGGCUGCGCGACCUGGUGGACCUGCCCGAGGGGCUCGACUACAACGAGUGGCUCGCAUCGCACACAUUGGCGUUCUUUGACCACAUCAACCUCCUGUACGGGACGGUGUCCGAGUUUUGCACCAUGUCUGGCUGCCCCGACAUGACUGGCCCCGGGAACAGGCAAUACCUGUGGUUUGAUGAGAAAGGGAAGAAGUGCAAGGUGGCUGCUCCCCAGUACAUAGACUAUGUGAUGACCUUCACCCAAAAGACGGUCAACGAUGAGUCCCUCUUCCCAACAAAGUUUGAACGCGAGUUUCCCAGCUCUUUCGAGUCCCUGGUGAAGAAGAUCCAUGGGCUUCUGCUGCAUGUCCUGGCGCACCUGUACCACGCCCACUUCAGGGAGAUGGUCUUGCUGCAGCUGCACGGCCACCUGCAUUCGAUAUUUGCCCACUUUACCCUCUUCAACGCGCGCUUCAAUCUGGUGGAUCCCAAAGAUGCCGCCGUGCUACAGGACUUGGCCGUUGCACUCGGACUCUGUCCGCCUGCCGAGAGCGCCAACGGAAGCCCCGCCGCCUCUUCUUCUACGCCAUCCUCCUCGGCCGUCGCAGCAGGCAGCAGCACAGAUGAAGAUUCUGCAGCUGCGGAAGCCGCCCCGGUUUCAGUGGCUGCCCCCAUGGACGUAUCCCUCUCGCCUUCGGCGAUGCAGCGAUCUGUGGUUACCUCCAGCAUCGAGGCAGCUCCGAUGUCAAUGGCCGCCACGACGGCCGGGAGUGUGGUGCCCGCGCAGUAGGUCAUCGCGGUCACACGCUUUGUUAACGUUUUGUCGAGUGCCUGUGGUGAUAGCAGCCUGUGGUGUGGAUUGUCGGUUCCCCCGAGAGUGGUAUCGGGGGGGCAUUUCCGUCGUGCAUCCACGACAGCGGUAGUGCUGUGCUCGUUGCCACCAGAGUGUGGCCACUGGUGGUGCCACGAAGGGGAUGACGUCACUUCGGUGUGACUAGGUGGCUCUGCUGGCAACAGCAGCAGCAUCAAGCAAAUUGUUUGUUGUUUUCACUGUUACGCUGGGUUGAAAUGUGGCUUCGCUGCUGUGCCCAUCCUCCGCUUGACACUAGAGUGAUUAUAGUCGCAGUUAUGGCAGUGUUAUGUGGCAGUUGUGGGAGGCCUUUACCCCCCUCUCCCCUACCCCCUGCAAGGCGGUACUACAGCUGUGCCACGAGAGCUGAGAAGCAUGGGCCUUGUGGAAUAGCCUCUGCAGAGUAGCUCGUUUUAAACCCCCAGCUAGUUAAAAGCGACCUUCACAACAGUAGCUGGGAUAGUUAUCUCUGUGCUGAGGCAAGAGUGACGUUACUACUAGGCAUUUGGCUGGAGUGGUUGAUCUAGGGAGAGUCACUAUGUCCAUCAUUUUGUGAUCAUGAAAGUGGCGGAACACAUGGCGAAUAUUAAUUUGCGAGAGCUUGCAGGCACCUUCCAUGCAUGGCGCUAGCUUGCUAACUAACCCUGUGUGACGGUGGCAAGAAGUCUUGCUUGUCAUUAAAAAAAAAAAAAAAAAAAACUCACCGUCAGUGUCUGCGUAAAAUCAGGGUCAGGAAAAUGACUGACAUUUUCAUGGGGAAAAAAACAAAAAAAAACAACAAGAAAGCAUGCAGGUGAAGUAGCUCUGGUGCCAGCAACUGAGUCAAAGGAAAAAAAAAAGAAGAGAUGGUAAACUGCAAUAAGACUGCGACGACUUCGGUGAGUUGGAAAUACUUCAUAGCAGAUAUACCGUGUAGACUCUUCUAAGGGCCGCACCCCCAAAUUGGCAGCCCAAAAUAUGGGACAAGAAAUGUCCAAUGAAGAAGCAGUCAAUGUGCUCUGAUGCCGCGCACGCACAUUGACGAAUUUUGGCAUGCUGCGUACUUCCCUGUGCUGCUACUAGAUGGCCAGUGCCAGGGUGUGCGCAAGCUUCGCUGGCACCAUUGUGACCAAUAAUUUCGAUCCUGUGUAAGGGGGCCGCACCUCGUGAAAAUUGUGAGAAAGAAAAAGUGCUGGUCUUUUGCAAGUUUAUACUGUAUAUCAGCGCAUAAAAGACAUGGGACAGACAGUUAAAAUUGUUCUGUGUGUUUUCUGUGGGCUGAUAUAUAUAUCUGCUAUGAAGAAAAUAGUGUUAGGUGUAGCUUUUGCGCAUGUUUAGCAUUUUGCUGCAAUUCAUUUGGACUUGUGAUCAGGCAGAAAUCAUUUCUUAUUGAUUAUUGAUUCGAAUUUGGCAUAUUUCUUUGUUUACAUUGUUGCUCUUAAGAUGCAGCAUUUGAUAAAAUAUUUUGCUUGUUGCAUUUUCUACAUUCAGAAAAAAAAAAGUAUUUUGCACAGAAUAAUAUUGACACGUUGCAGUUGUGAUGAAUAUGUUGUGCCACCCUGUCAUCAUUUUCAAUCUUCUGGGCACAGUUGUGUGCAUUCAUUUGAAAGUGCACAUCCUCUAGAAUGGCAAGCGCUUUCCAGUGCAGUGCUUAAUAAUCUAAGGGUUAAAGCAGCAACUUCCCAAAUUUAAUGCCUAGCUGCGUAUGUGUCAUGGCUGUCCCGUUUCUGAAGUCGUCCACAAUUUUCCGUCGGGAAGGGACAGUGCCUGCAAGCUCUGCAAUAGUACAUUCUUGGUAGGCACGAGCUUACAAGGCUUCACGCUGCAGUUGAUUCGAAGGUUGCUUAGAGUGGCUGUACUUUGUAUUGAGAACUGUCUUGUAUCAAGAGAGUGACUGCACCGGUGGAAAUGACUCUGGUAGGCAGGUCACGGGAGUCCCGUCACUUUCUUUGCCGCUCUGCAGGUUAGAGGCUCAUGGUACGAGUCAGUCAGUCUAAUUGGUGACUCAAAUUGGUACCUGUCAGGUUGUUGGGGCAGGCAACGCAUGGUUACUCCCAAAACUCGCACAAUUGCCAGCCCCACUUAGUGAACUAGGAGAGGAGGGGGGUGGGGUCGUGUGUAUGUGUGUUGUGUGGCGUGGUGACAAUUGCGUCUACUCGUCAUUCUUCCGCAGGAGCGGAGGAGGGAAAUAAGAUAGGGAGAGAGAGCAAGAGGGGGGCCUAUUUAUUUUCUGUCGUCGCCUCGGCCCACACUCGCACACACACACACAUAGCCACUAGGUGACACACAGCUGGGACUUUCAUGUGUGCAAGGUGACACACAAACACACAGAAUAUGUAAAUAGGAUGAUGCUCUAUUUUUAAGAAGCACUAGAGGUUGGUGAUUUAGGCAAGUCUUUCUUCUCUCCAUUCUAUCCCCCCUUCCCCCCGCCCAAAUCCACUCCCUCCCCCCCCCCCCUCUGGGCAUUCGGAGUUGCACGUGCAAUGGGUGUGCCGGCCAUCACCGUCGCUGGCAGGCAGGGUGGACAGGGUCGAUGAUGGCAGCUUGCAAAGAGGUCCUUCUUGCCUUUGCCUCAACUGUUUAGCCACCUGUUUUUGUGCGUACGUUCAGGUGGCGAUUGUCGAGGAUGUGCCUGCUUUGUCAUUCGUCAAUCUGCAAGGAAGAAACACUGUUUGGUUUCACCUGCCUCCUCCACUUGUGGUUCCUGCACCUCAUUUGUUGUUGGUUUCCGAUGGCUUCUGUGUUGUGGGCUUCUAAAAGUGGUCCUUCUCGGUGAUGCAGUGUAUGUGCAUGGCUGGAAAUGUGAACGUUCUUGCUCUUGCCGUGUGUGCAUCGUGCAACUGGUGCAUGUCAGUAAAUCAGCCGCUGCUGCAUUCUCUGCAGAUGGGAUCAGCUGUCUUAACGGGCAAAAUGGCAGUGGUGGUGGUGGUGUUUGAGUGCAAGAAGUUUCAUUGAUUUCAGCUUUUGAGAAGUUAUUGUUGAGGCUAAAGUUAAGCACAACUUUCAGCUCUCAGCAGCCCACUGUCACAGGCUGCAUGACAGCAGUGGACAUUGGAUGCCUCAGCAUAGCAAGUGAACCUGCCAGAAUUGUAACCAUUCUGGCAUGGUGCUGAAGGGAGGGGUUCAGUUUAAGCUAGCAGCUACUGAAAGUAUCUGUGUAGAGUUGCAUUGAUAGCGAUUAGGAAAUAUUGGCAAAACUAAGCUGCUUGAUGAAAACAACAUUUAGGAGCUCACAUUUUCACUAGUGUCACUAGUUUAUAAACAAAAGUAAUUUUCACAAAUUGAAGGCCUAUCUACAGUUGCACCAACCAUUGGCACAUGAGACACAUUAGACAUCAGAAGUAGCCUUAGCUGAGUCAUCUUUUUCAGAAUUCAGAUUAACCAAUGCAGCGCUAGAGGCUUGGUACUAAUCUUCAAACGUCACGUCUUGAGACUGUGUUCAGACUGUGUUCAUUAACUUAAGCUGCUAGUAAUGGAGAGGUUUAGCAACAUGUAGAAGUCGUGCCAACUCUGGCACCUCCGUCAGUGGGCUUUUGCUGUUCACUGUGGCUUCAGAAAAAAAAAAAAAAAACUUUUUAGGCUGCACCAACUGUAAUUCUUGCAGCAGUUUCUCAAAAUUCAUGAUGACCCGCAAUAUUUCGAGCGGAACCAUGGCUCGCGGAACAGUGUUAAGAAAUUAUCUGUGUGUACCCUAACCCACUCCUGCAGUAUCUUGAAUAAACUCGCUUCUUUAAAGGCAGCAUCAGCGGUACCUUAUGAAGGGGGCUAGUUUCACGUGCCAUUGGGAGGCAAGCAUAAAACUUGCAAUAGCUGUGGCCGAUGUGUACACAAACUAUUUUAGUAGGCGCAGUUUGACAUGGCUACUUCAGGUUGCAGUACUCCUGGUGAGGCACUACUUGCAAAACGAUCUGAAGCCCGUGGCAUGCCUUUUCAGCUAAGUUCUUGCGAGCGAACCAGGCAUGACUGCUUCAAGCACCAGCUAGAGAUAGUUUGCACUCUCCGUUUUUCUUGUUCGAGUGUCUCUGUUCUUGCCUUCAUCUGCAGAGAAUGGAAAUUUCACGCAUUGCAGCUAGCUUACGCUUUGUGCUGUCAAACCAUUCUCUGUAACAUCUUGCAGUCUGCAUUACUACUUCUUCCCCUCAGCUUGACGUACUGACUCGUGUAAUAGCAGAAACGUAGCUUUGAAUUCCCAUAUAUGGAUUAUAUAUGUGCUUAUAAGUGGUGUCCGUAAUUUCUAGCCGGUGAAAAGGGGCUGUUUCUUGGCAAAGUCGUAUGUUAAGCCGUAUCAUAUUUUUGAAGUAAAGCACAAUAAAUCUGUAAGUAGGGCAACAUUAUCCAUCGACAGAGAAGUUAGGGAUAGGGAUGAACACAGUGAAAAGUUUGCUGUGCUUGCUUUCUUUAGCUGGUUGUGUUGUCUGAUAUCAGUAGGUUGGCAGUGUGUUUUGUACCCCCCUGUGUUUUAUGCUUUUAAUGAGGAUGGGUUAAUUUUAAUAAUUCAGAGUUCAGGUGAAGGGGAAAAUUUGAACUCAAUAGCAGCCUUACUACCUUUUUUGCAAAGAAUGUAGUAAGGAAAGGGUGAGGCUAUUGCACGAGUCUGUACGUUAGCUCCUUUCCAACCCACAAAGUUAUUACAUCAACUUCAGCAGGAGCUUUGUCGUUUCUAUUGGGCUCCUCCAUAAGCAAGCAUUAAGGCUAGAUAUUGAAAAUAAAAUGGACUAGGAGACAUAUUAACAAUAUUUGCAUAGUUUGUGCAUGUAGCAGGCAAAGUUGAUAGCUUCAAAAGGCUUAGCAUAUCUUCUCGGCUACAAAGAGUAGACCUAUGCUAGUUGCAUUUUACGGGCAUUUGUGUUCUCGUGACACUGGGGUUCUGAAAAUUUUUGAACUUAUGCGUUGUUUGCAACGUUAUCCUUAAUUCUGUCAUUUAGCUACAUAACUAUGUGAUAGUUGCACACCACUCGUCUAAUUUGUAAGAAUUCUCGAGAGGGUGCAGAAGGUGGCAAGCUUGCGGGAGUGUUAUCUUGUGGCAGGCACAGGUUGUUAUGUCAACAAAAGGGGGCAGCUGCGUUUCAUUUUAGUUCAGCUGUGACCAUGUGGAAACGCUUUAGAUUCAGGUUCUGUCGUACGCACUGGUUCUUUGCUUGGCAUUGCAAAUAUUUCGCAAUCUGCCAUAUUAAGGGCCAUUCCGAAACUUCAAAUAUUAUGAGGGGCAGGACAUUACCAUGUCUUUCCAACCUUUGUUUUCCUAAUUAUAUUUUGUUUGAUUUUCAGGAAUUGUGAUUGUGUAACCUGUGUGUAUGUGUGCAUUGUGCACUCAUAUGCGUGUGUGUAAAUAGUGGGCUUCUUUUUCCGGUGUUUUUUUUUUCGUUCUUGCUUUUGGUCCUAUUUAUUGCUCGUCUUGACAAUAUGUGUACCUCUUGUUGCCUUGUUAGCCUGGGUUGCUUGUGUUAGUUUGUUGUCAAAAUAUGCAGUCAUUUCACACAAUCUGCGCACAUGGUCGUUUGAUCAUGUACUGCUGGCGUGGCCAUCAGAGUAUGUACAGACCCGAGUUUGUGUUGCUCUGUGUGCUUGUUUUACUGGCUCUUGUGAUUAUGGUGUCGGAUGGCAAAUGCUGCAGCGCGUUGAAGGGAAACAGAAAGGUGGCAGAGGUUGCACAAGGAACGAGUUGCAACAGAAGCUGCAAGCGUGCAUCAUUUGACGUUCUUUUUUUUUCUUUUCACGUUUUAGUUAUUGCAUUCAACUGUCCCAUGUGUGAGUGAAUGCGCAUCAGGAGAGUCUGCUGGUGCAUUGCAAUUGUUAGAGCUACAUUUCCCGGAGGUUCCUGCCCAAAUAGCAGUUGUCUGGAUAGGAAGCUCGUGCCAUUUGUAGAGCUGACUUGUGCGCUUGCAUAAAGCUUGCGAAGAAAAAGAAAAGUACCAGCGCAGUGUAGCAUGUAGAAACGCAUGAUGCUAGCAGUCCUAAAAGCAAGGUGCACGCAGUGUGACGUCUCUGGUGUUCAUCAUCAGAGGCGGUUUUCUAUGCUCCUGACAGGGAGUGGCUAGUUAAACAGUUGAGUGAAAGAUAACUAUCCAAGUUGGAGUUUAAGCAUUGCUUGACGGUGUCCGAUAAGUUAAUUUGGCUAACGAUGAAGCCUCUUGUUAAUUUAAUUGUGGUAUGGAAGGGUGACUGUGUUUUUCAAGUUGUCAUGUGCUGUACCCUCUCUGGGCUAGCAUAAUCCAGUUGGGAGAGACAAAAGAGCGAAAGGAAAUUCGGGGACACUUAACGGAGAACAAAGCAUUGAAGUUUACAGUCUAUAGUCAUAGUUGCAUGCUGCUCAGAUCAACGUCGUACACUAUACAGGGAAAAGUCGAACUUUAGUAAGCAAAAUUUCACCUCCCAGUAGCCUAGACUUUUGGCCUAUGCUGCCGGCCAGCGCAGUUCAUCCUGCAUUUGCAUGCACCAGUGAGCUCCCCUUGUGGUGCAAGGCCUGUGUGUGUUUGUGUGUGCGUUUGAAGAAGCAGUGCCUCUGCCCUUGGACUGUAUUAUUCCCGUUUCCGUUGGUUAUUAUUUUUGUAUCAUUCAGGUGGUGGCAGUUGCGGUGUUUUAUUAUCUCGGCGAGCACGGAAGGCGCACUUGCAUGUAGCUUGUUGACUGUCGAACGAGGGUAGGAGGGACAGGUCACCGUUGUUGGUUAAUUAUUUUGUUUAAAUGAGCUGAAAAGUGAGCACUGUGUUAGAUGUACAUACAUAUAAUAUAUAGAUAUAUAUAUCUCUAUCUCUACCAUUGACCUAUAGCGACAAAGAGAUUUGCCUGGGGCAGGAAUCGGGAGCGUUUCGCCUGGUGUAGGACACAUGAUGGCACACGGGUGAAGGGGGCGAAGUAACCCGACCAUUGAGCAAGCACAGCUGUUGCUACGGGCUGAGCGGAUUCGAAGCCAGUCUCUCGUCUUUGCCUUGCCACAACUCUUACCAUGGACAGCUGAGCAGCCGCUGUUCUCAGCGUCGAUAUCACCACCAUUUGCCGGUGGCCACUCGAGUCUCUCUGCCUGCACUGUUCAGGGUGCGUGCUGGGCAGGUCUUCUGACAGCAUGGUGUUGUCGGCCAUGGCUUAGCACGGCUUGCCUCCAUGGGCCAAGCAACAGAGCCAAGGUGUGCUACCAGUGCGCCUGAAUUAAAUGCACCUCUGUCUUUUCCCCCUGCCUGUUUCCUACGGGGCCUUUGAUGUCUAUAGUACCAUCACUCUAUACAGAGAGCGCAGACACGGUGGCAGCACCUCUACCGAUCCCAACUGUUGUGCACACCUUAAGUUAUCUGUUCUGGCCAGUGUCCAACCCCUGUCACACUAGGUGGCAGAUGCACACCCACAAGAAGAACUGUGUAAGCUGUAGCGAGGUGUUAUUUCUUUUUUAUUUUUCAUUCGAUACCCCUCUACAACAUUUUGGUUGUCGUUUUACGACGUGUGGCUGUGAACCGGCUUUAGUAAAGCUAGUUGUGCCACUUAAUUGGUCAGCGUAAUAUGUCCAUAUAUUUCUCUUGUGUUGUCAUUUUUGCCUCAUUCGUGCCCCAUGUGUGACAGGGGUUACAGUUGACUCUCCGAUGUCUGAUGUUGCUUGAGAAUGCUGGAGGAAGAACGUCAAAUUUGUAAGAGGAGCCAUCGCAGGCUAAUCUUCUAAUUAAGUGUGGCACGAACGUUGCUUAAGUCGUAGACUUGCAUCACGUCAGCAUAGCCAGCUGGGUGAAACCUUCAUGACAGAAUUACCUUUACAUUGACGAGGUGUGUUUUAUCGGAGAAAUUCUACUGGCGUGUGUCAGCGUGCAGGGUAGUAGCUUGGAAGUUCCGACAUCCGAGAAUCGGCUGGGCCACUUUCUGGCGCGGAAGUUCAAGCGCAGAGACUUGUUUGAAAAUUGGACACGGAAAGGGAAGGCCAGCGCUUACUUCUUCACACAUGGAAACGAUACAAGCAACUCACACGCAUAAAAACACACAUACAAAGAAAAUGCAGAGGCAAGCGUGUCUUCUACUGGGGCUCGCCUGAAUGGGAAAGAGGCGCAAAAGUGCGGGUUAAAAAAAUGUGGAGCGUUACUGGCGCGCUGCGACGACCGGUGCGCCGAAGCAGCAGCAGCGAUGACGAUGACGACGCGCGUGUGUGGUGUGAGAAAUAGUACACGCCUGUCCGUUGGUGCCUUUCUUAUCGAAAAAAAAAAAAACUGUGCGUGCAUUCCACAGUGCGUGCCUGUGUGCGUCUCUCUUCUUGCCUUCGUCCCGCGCGCGCCACCACCGCGUGUGACGUCAGCUCGACGCCGAUGCAGACGCCGUUGCGCUGCUGUGACGUCGGUCGCGGCGCACGUCUCACGUGACCUCCAGGCGCAGAGUCGCUGCGCAGAUGGCUGCAGCGUGCAGUCCUGCAGACGUUGAGUGGGGUGCCGAUUUCUUGCUUUUUCUGACGCCGCCCGGGAGAGUGACGUCGACGGGGCUUCAGGAGUGUCGAUUCGUGGCGUUUUCGCGGAAAGCGGACGAGAGCGGCGGAAUCGCAGGCGACAAUCACGAACGAGUCGGUAUUGGGAACCACGGCGAAUACUCGCGGAAAUGGCUGAAAUCUGCAAGAGGCGUAUACGUUUGUGGGAUACGUGCUUCAGAGAAAAGAGCUUCGGAACGUGAUUGCGUUUUCGAAACCAUACGUAUUGAAUUGCUGAGCCGAACCGUUCUAGAACAGUAUUUUCUCCCGACGACUGAACGGUUCCUGUCGCUCGGAUUUACUUUUUCCUCCAUGACUCGCGAACGAGGGGCCCUGCACGCCAGUGCUUGGUUGCCAAAAAAAAAAAAAAAAACUUUCGCUGCUGACCAUGCGCUGCAAGAACGCGGUGAACAGGAUCGCUCGCGCUGCUCUAUUUUCCUCGCGCGCAUCUUGUCGAAUCUUCCCAGUGGUCGAUGAACACAGCUCCAGUGCUGCUCCUUGUCUGCGCCGAGACGCGAAAACAGAUCGAGCGUUUCCCGCGUGCUCCGUGUACACCCCCCCUCACCCCCUCCUUCCAAGAUGCGUGGCGUUUAAACCCGUUCAGUGCUAAAAGCCGGCCGUAGAAACCGAACUGCGAUUCGAGCCAGCGUACGUUGCGGGGUGGCCGCUUUCGCUUCGCGUUUGAAGUCUGCGGCAUACAAGCGCAAAGAAGAGAUGCGAGAACGAAACGAAUACGCGCGAGUCUUUUCGCCCUCUUCCUGCAAUCAAAUUCCGCCGUGACGGCGUCUUCGAACCAAUCGGGUGGGGAGAAUAUGGUGCUGUGUUUUGCGGCGGACUUCGUAAAUAGACAGAGAGAGAGAGAGGAGUAAAACGCAUCUGGUAGUCGCGUGAGCCGGUGGGAACUGUAACAGAUGGCAAAUUCGACAGUAUGGCGUAAUCCCGUAAUGUCCAGAAUAUAGCGCCAGUGUUUGUGGUCGCUUUUUUUUUUCUCGUUUUGUGCUGACGCACACGGACCUUUCUUUGGGUCUGCGCGAAUGCGCGACAUUCGAAGUGAUCUAGGCAUUUCCCCGCGAUCGGCCGCACUCUUAAUAAAUGCCGACGCGGUCGUCCGUGGUGUAAACCUAGUAGUCGAAGCGCCGAUGGCGGCUCACGUUUGACCCGGCUUGGACGUUGGCUAAAAGCUUUGCGUGAUCACGACGCACGCGGAGGCACGACCAAAUUGGGGACGGCAGGGGGGGGGGGGGGGGACCCUGCGCGUGGAGGUCAGCGCGCGGCGUGCUUUCUGCGUUUGUCGUACUUUUUUUUUUUUGCUGGAGAGCGUAGCGGUGUGUGUUUGUUUUUGUUUCCAUCUUCUGUACGUUCGGCCGUGCCGGUCAGUUUCUUGUUAUGUUUUUUUUUUCCUUUCCGUGGCGCACGUACGUGUCGCGCCAGUGGCGCUUAUGUGUGUGGUGAUGGCGACGAUGUCGCGCGCGCGCUAGGUUGCGGCCUUUGCCGCGACUGACGAGAGUGAUUAUGUUGGUGAUCGUGAUGCCGUGUGGCGGCGAUGUGCACACACAAACACGCGCAAACACACAGACACACACACUCUACACGUAGACGAGACGCAUGUGUGCUAUCCCCUCUUUCUCUUCUUCUUGUUCGCCUUUGAUAAUCGACACACAAGUGCACACACACGCAGAGGAGAGCCGAGGAUAUAGUACUGUGUUUUGCGGCGGGCUUUGUAAAUAGACAGAGAGAGAGAGAGAGGAAUAAAAAACCUUCGAGGGAACUAGUCAAGUACAAUAAAGUUUAGUACAAUGGUACCA